AUGAAGUCCUCCAUUCUCGCCAUCCUAGGAGGUGCCUCCACUGCCUUGGCCGCCAUCAAGGGCUUCAACUACGCCUCGCAAGGUCAGAGUUACGAUGGCUUCGCUAGCCAGUUCAAGACCGCCGCCUCGCUAGCUGGUGCCAACGAUUUCACCAGUGCAAGAUUGUACACCAUGAUCCAGGAAGGGACCACAAACACGCCCAUCGAUGCCAUCCAGGCCGCCAUCGACACCAACACCACUCUCCUGCUCGGUCUCUGGGCUUCUGUAGACCAGGCCUCGUUCGACAACGAGAUCUCGGCCCUGAAGAGUGCCAUUCAACAAUAUGGCUCUUCAUUUGCCGACUUGGUGGUUGGUAUCUCGGUCGGUAGCGAGGAUCUGUACCGUAUCUCUGCCACUGGUAUCGCUGCAGGCAGCGGUGUGGGUCAAUCUCCAGACACCUUGGUCGAUUAUAUUGGACAAGUCCGUGACACCAUCAAGGGUACAUCUCUGGCCUCCAAGCCUGUCGGCCACGUCGACACCUGGAACGUCUAUGUCAAUGAGACCAACUUCAAUGUCAUCUCCAGCUGCGAUUUCCUUGGUCUUGAUGAGUACCCUUACUUCCAGACCACUGACUCUAACAGCAUCGACAACGGCGGCUUCCUUUUCUUCCAGGCCUACGACCGCGUCGCUGCUGUGGCUCAAGGAAAACCCAUCUGGAUCACCGAGGCUGGCUGGCCAACUUCAGGACCCGCCUCCAACCUCGCCGUUGCAAGCGUGGAUAAUGCCGAAAUCUUCUGGCAGGAUGUCGCUUGUGCUCUCGAGAACCGCGGUAUCAACUUCUGGUGGUACAUUCUUGCCGAUGCUGGUGCCUCCCCAUCCUUCGGUGUUUCCGACAACGGAACGCCUCUCUACAACCUGGCUUGCAACGCCACGGCUGGUUACACCUCGACCUCAUCUGCCAGCACCUCCACGGCAACCGCUUCAAAGAACGGCACCUCAACUGCCUCUCAUGGAUCAGGCUCAGGAAGUGGCUCUGCAACCUUGACCACGGUCACUGCUUCUGGAACUGCUGGUGCCGGUACCUCAGGUGGUAUUCCCCAAGUUGCUACCGCUACCGCUUCCGCCACCGCCGCCGGCGGUUCGGGUACUGGUGCUGGCGGCGCCACUGCCUCGCAAAACGGCGACGCCACUGGCACCAAUCCAGUUGCUACGUCUACCUUCACCGGCGCUGCCGUCAAGGCCCAAGGCUCCAUGGCUGGUCUCGCUAUUGGCGCCUUGUUUGCUGCAUUCGCCUUGUAA